AUGCCACUACCAACCCUCGCGCUCCGGCACAUGCAAGUGACGCCCAACUACAUGAAAUCCCUCGUCACCGCGCACGACUCCGCGCAGACGGCGUUCAAGGACAAAGCGGCCAACGCCAAGGACGCGGGUGCGACGGAGUUCAAGGUGGAAGUCCGCACGAUAUACGGCAAGACCGCCCUCCUCACCUACGACAACGGCCCGGGGCCCGUCGACGCCGUCCAGGGCAGCCCAACCUGCGGCACCGUCACGCUCGACUCCUUCAUGGGCCCGCUCUUCAACCUCGGUGGCACCACCGCGCUGGGCGACGCCCGCAAGAUCGGGCAGUACGGGGUCGGGGCCAUCACGGGGCCACUCCGGAUCGGCAAGGACGUGCUCGUCGCCACGCGCAGCGCCGACUACCUCUACUGCGCGCUGCUCUCCUCGUCUCUCAUCGCGGAGGAGCAGACCGACGGCAUCCUGCUUCCGUACCUCGUCUACAGCUUCGCCGAGGGCGUGUGGUACGAGAACGUGCCGGGCUCCUCCUUUGGCUUCUUCGACCGCUUCACCGCCUUUGGCACCGACCUCGGCCGCCCCGACCUCGACAAGCUCCUCGAGGUGUGCAUGGAGCUCCUGCCCGCUGUCGGCGGGCUGCUUCACGUCAUCUCCAACCUCGCCGACGAGAUCGACGUGGGCAAGGAGCGGGGCGACAUCAUGAUGCCCAAGCUGGCGCACGAGUUUGACACCAGCCUCUCGCGCUACCUCUCCUACGCCUUCUACAAGUCCGGCGCCGGCGACGACAGCGACUUCAAGAUCACCAUCAAGGGCAGGGCCGCCUCGCACCGCUCCGAGGCGGGCAAGGGGCCGUUCCGCGAGACGAUGCUCAAGUGCAAGAGGACGCUUCCGCCGUACAAGGCGCACGGCACGUGCCCGAACACGCUGCCCAUCGAGGCGGACGUGGUCGUCGGCUUCACCACCAAGGAGAACGUCGGCACGAGCUCCAAUGUCGACGAGCUGCCGAUGGGCCUCUGCAUCUCCAUCAACGGCGUGAUGGUCACGAUGUUCGAGCUACUGCCGAAGCAGGCGAACGGCUUUCGCAGCCACGCCUCGGUUGCCGACAAGGUCCGCACCUACUGGCACGGCCUGGUGGUGCUCGUCAAGCUCAAGCUCGCGGACGACAACAAGCUCGAGGACUACGGCCUGCUCAUCAACCAGCGCAAGGACGGCUUCCAGGAGAACAAGGCGUUCACCAAGCUCAAGGCCGCCAUCCUGUCCAAGGUGCUUCAGCAGUACAUCCCCAACGUCGACUUUGAGCGGCUCGUGCCGACGCCGCUCUUGCUGGCCGGCCCUCGCUUCGGGUCCUCCGAGGAGGCGGUCCGCCACGUCAGCUGCGCCCGGUGGCCGAGCAAUCGGCCUCCCGCGCCGGGGCAGUCUUCCGCGCCCUACAAGAAGGCGGCGCUGGCGAUCCUCGGGCUGGGCGAGUCGUGGACCGAGCAGGACGCCAAGAAGGCGUUCCUGUUGUGCGACCGCGCGUUGUAA